GUUCACUCUUCAGCCUGUGCUGACUUAUCGCUGCUCGCCUUGAUGGCUUAUGACAGAUUUGUGGCUAUAUGUCAUCCGCUGGUGUACCACUCUAUGAUGAAUACAAAAAGAGUCGUUGUUUAUGUAUUUCUUGCUUGGAUUACUCCAUGUUACCUAAAUUUUCUUGGGACAGGCACAGCAAUAACAUCAAGGUUCUGUGGCUCCCACAUACCAAAGAUCUACUGCAUCAACUUGUUGAUUUCUAAGCUGGCUUGUUCUCCCUCAAUAGCUCAGGUUGUUGUUCCUGCUAUUAAUUACACGUUUUAUUUUGGCCAUGCAGUUUUCAUUGUUUGGACUUAUUUUUAUCUUGUCAAAUCCUGCAAAACGUCUGAAGAGAAUAGAAAAAAAUUUAUGCAAACAUGUUUGCCACAUUUGCUCACUCUUAUUAUUUUCAUUGUAUCUGUGCUGUUUGAUUUGCUGUACGUGCGAUUUGGAUCGAAGGAGUUGUCGGAAAACAUGCAGAAUUUUAUGGCGAUAGAGUUUCUUGUUAUUCCACCAGUGAUAAAUCCCCUGAUCUAUGGAUUAAGAUUGACACCGUUAAGGAAAAGAGUCUCGCAUUUUAUAUGCUGCCGAAGUUCUCUGAGUAGAUUAAAGGCAUAA